UUGAUUCUUCAAUGAUUAAUUUUCAAAAGCUUUGAUAUACUCAAGUGAAUAGUUUCAUGAAAUGUACCAAAUACAUAAACAUGUUUAUGUGUUACUCGUAUGGUUGAAAAUCUAAAAUUACUACUAGUAUAUACUUAAUAAUCUUGAAAACAACAAGGUUAAGUUCAUCAUCAAUAAAAUGUAACCGCGAGAAAAAAGAGAAAAGAGUGAGAAGGUUCUACAAAGAGGACACGUAAGUUAGAGAUCCCACCUUAGCUGUCAACUGUUCCAACAGCAUCAAUAAUAUCGCGUCCUAUAUCUUUCUUCUUUCCACACUCUCAUCUCAUCACUCACUCACACGCUUCUUCUUCUUCAACCUUUUUUCAUUCCCAUUUUCUUCUCCAGAUCUUCAUUUCACAACACAUUCAACCCAAUAAUUCAAACCUUAAAAUGAACUAGUAGCAUCUUCUCAAGUUCAUAAUGAUGGGUUUCAACCCAUCCAAAAUGGGUACCAAAAACAUUCACGAAUCAUCACAGAAAAAAAGAGUUCCAUCAAGAGUCUGGUUAAGCUUCCAAAUAUCAAUGGCUGUCCUCGUGGGUGGAAACCAUACAUCAUCAAGGUUUUGUACUCGCUAAAUUCUUCCCACUUUCUAUAUCUGGCUUUUCAACUUCUCUCUCCCCCUCUCUCUCUCAAACUUUUGAAUUCAUCAAAGAUCUUAUCUUUUUGAUAAAACCACAAAACCCUAGAUCGCAAUUGAUCUAAACUUGGAAACUUCAUGGACACGAAGCUCCUGAAUUUCCAGAUCCUUAAUGGGUCAAUCAUUCGGCGCGUGUUCUUCCGCUCAAUCAUGCUUGCAGCUACCAUUUCCAUGGUGGCUCUCUUUCGCGCUUUAUCAGAUUUCGAUUUGGGAAAUUUGGUUCCCAUUGCAAACAGUUUCAGCUGUUUUGCAGAUUCGGAUGACAACGUUACAUCGAACCCCAGUUCAAUUUUCUUUCAGAAUCGAAUCUGGGGCAACAUGAAUUGUGAAAAAGACGUUAACUUGACAGUGAAUGUCGUCACUGAGUUAAUGGGUAAACAGUUUUUGAACUGUGAAGCGAAUACCCUUUGUGUUGGUGAAGGUUCUUCAAUGGCCGUUAAGGCAAUGAAACAGUUGGGUUUUUCAACUGUUAGUGGUGUUUACACCAGCCGUUUUUUCACACUCAAUAUGAAGAGAAUCGUCUAUGAGCUGGAUUAUCAAGACUCUUCGUUUGAUUUCGUUUUGUCUAGAGAUCUUGAUAAGGUUUCUGUUCCUGCUUUGCUUGUACUUGAGGUUGAACGUGUUCUUAAGCCUAACGGAAUUGGUGCACUUCUUGUUGGUGCUAAAAGUUCACACCAUAAUGAUUUGAUUAGAUCAGCUACACCAGUUUCAUCAUUGUUGAGAUCUUCUAGUGUUGUUCAUGUUGAUUCUAUUGAUGAUGAACUUAACCUUGUUGUUUUCAAGAAAAGAUCUGAAAAUGCAACAGCUUUUUUCAACCACCAUCAGCUUAGUUUACCUGCUGAUUGUCCUAGUUUGGCGUUAACCAAACCUCUUAUAGAUCUGAUGGAACCUCUUGUGAGUGAGAAACCGAAACCGUCUAACGCGACGCCGGUUUCAUAUUUGCCCAAGUUUGUAGAUGUUUCUACUAGGAAGAGGUUGGUGUAUAUUGAUAUUGGGGUAGGAGAGCUUUUGAAUGCAAAUGUUAGUGAUUGGUUUCUACCUUCAUAUCCAAUUGAUCAGAAAGAUUUCAAUGUUUAUUUUGUUCACUACAACACUUCCAUAAUGUUGUCUUAUGUGAAGAGACCUGGUAUCACGUUUGUUUAUCACCCUGGAUUAGCCGGUAAGGUCGUCACCGAGGCCGAUGUUGAUGUUGACGAGGAGGAAGAUGAAGAAGUGGAUCCUUAUGUUGGGGAGGAAGAGUUUGAUUUCCUUGCUUGGUUCAAAGAAACAGUGCAAUAUGCUGAUUUUGUUGUGUUGAAGAUGAAUGCAGGUGAAGUUGAACUCAAGUUUCUUUCUGAUGUAUUUGACAGUGGAGCUAUAUGCUUUGUUGAUGAGUUGUUUCUAAGAUGUCCUGAUAUCACAAGCAAGGAAAGUUGCAUGGAUGUUUACAAAAGUCUGAGAAGCAAUGGUGUCUAUGUGCAUCAAUUGUGGGGAGACUAAAUUCCAUUAGCCUUUGGUGACAAUAUGUGUGGAAAAAAAUAUGUUGUGUUAUUUGAAUUUGUGUGUUGUUGUUGUUGUAUGUUAAGGUUACUAUGUAAGAUGCUAUGUCAUCUGAGUGCUAUAUGGUUGGGUGCUUGUACUAAAUAAACAACCAUUGUUGUGUACUUCUGGUUUGCUAGUAAAUCAUGUGUGGAUUUGUUGUAA